AUGUCGAUUCACAGUUCACCAGAAGACUCGUGGCACGGGACUAUCAGCCCAGGCGGCCAAUUUCCUCCAGAGGCUGGGCGCUACCAUCUCUACAUUGGUCUUUUUUGCCCUUUUGCUCACCGGGUCAACCUGGUUCGGUACCUUAGGGGGCUCCAGUCGGUCAUUGAUGUUUCUGUCGUCAAGCCAUACCCCAAAGGCGAUGACAAGGGCUGGCCCGGGUGGCAGUUCCCAAGCCCCCCUGACGACACGUAUGAGGGAUCAACUGAUGAUCUGCUCUUCAAGUCUAAGUACUUGCACGAAGUUUACUUCAAAGACGACCCCGAGUACAAAGGCAGAUACAGCGUGCCUCUUCUUUGGGAUAGAAAGCAGAGCCAGAUCGUGAACAACGAAAGCGCAGAGCUCUUACGAUGGCUACCAUCCGCAUUCGAUUCGAUCCUGGCGGAAGAUGAUCCAGCCCGAAAGCUUGACCUUUAUCCAGCUCAUCUCAGAUCGAUAAUUGACAACGUGAGCGAGUGGAUGCAGCGAGACCUUAAUAGCGGUGUCUAUAAAGCAGGGUUUGCCACAACCCAACAGGGCUAUGACGAAAACGUGCCAACGGUUUUCGCUGCUCUCAACAAACUCGAGAGUCUGAUUCAUCAACAUGGAGGCCCAUAUGUUCUCGGCAAGGAGCUGACGGAAAUUGACAUUCGCGCGUAUGCAACCAUUGUGCGAUUUGAUGUUGUCUACGUCCAACACUUCAAGUGCAACCUAGGAACCAUUCGCGGCAACUACCCAGUCAUUCAUGAGUGGUUGAAGAACCUCUACUGGAACGUAACAGGGUUCAGGGAGACAACAGACUUUAAACACAUCAAGGAGAACUAUACUAAAAGCCACUACAAGAUUAAUCCCCUGGCAAUCACGCCUCUAGGACCAUUCCCUGAUGUGGAAGAAGGGGUUGACCUGGACUUUAGCAAGCUGAAGCCAGGAGCAAUCCGUCAUCCGGCUGUAUGUCAGCGCGAGAAGGAACUGUAUACUUAA